AUGGAGAUGGAGUGCCUCACAGAGUUUCCGCACAACCACAUGGAUCGUCAUCCCAGGAAGCGCCCUAGGAUGGCCUGGGACGUUCAGCCCCCUCUUAAGGUAUUGUUUCUCUCGUCGAUUUUCUGACUUCUUUAUGUUUCUCGAUUAUGCCUCUCUAUUUUUCGUUUCCACUAAUCCAGUAGAUCUAUUCUUGAUUCCUUAGAUCUACAGGUUAGAUCAGGUAUGUAAUUUUGUUUUCUGUUGGUUUGUGUUUGGAUUUCUAUGUAUGUUUCUAUGUUAUGCAUAAUUGUGUCGCUGCUAAGAUCUACAUAGGUUUUCAUCUAUUUGUCUAUUUUUUGUUAUUCUUGCGCUUAUGUGCGCAUAUUGGCCUUAACUAUCCUCAUCGAUUUUAUGUUGUCCUCUCUUUAAUACUGUAAAGGCGGCUGGAAAUCUUAUUUUCUAGCAUAGCUUUCUCUCCUCAGGUAAUAUAUGUAUGUUCGUAAUCAGGCCUUGCGAGAAAUCCUUUCAGGGAUCAUCCCUGCCGUUAUAUCUGACUCUGGUCUUUGAAUUUAAACCGUCGUGUUAUUUACCGUGGAAUUAAUAUUCAUAUGGUUGACCUGCUAACUCUGGGUAUGCUGCGCGAGAACCCUUUUCCGUUUUUGUAGCUUCUUUAUUUAUUAUUGCGCAGAUAACGAGUUCGGUGGCAACUGAUAUGUUUCUUAUGAAUCCGUUCUCUUUUGUGCAUGGAGCUUGUGUCACACCGAAAUUAUAUUCCAUAGUAGUAUCCUACGCGGUUUUGUCGAGUCGGUUUACACUCGUGGGAGAGUCAUCAUCCCUCGUGUUUCGUCAAAUCCUGUUGUGACAGGUUUCAGAAGUGCAUUUUCGACACGGUUGCUUCUUGAAGGUUGAUGGAUUAUGAUGCUGCCUUUCGGUUUUGAUUUCUAAGUAGCGUUCUAUAUCAUUCUCUUACCUCGAUGUAGCCAUUUAUUCUAUUUUUUAUCAUGUGCUUCUAUUUCUCAUUUAUUUGAUGCUGCAAUGGUUGUUGUCAAUGGAGAUGAUGAGGGAUGAUUCUUUGUUGAGUGGGAAAAAUUAAAUGAAUGGUUGUGUGUAGGCUCAGCUAGGAUUGUCAUGUGGACAAGAAGUGGGAGAUGUGACAAGCUUUUUAUCUUCAAGUGCACCUUCAGACCACACUUGUUCUUCUGUAAAUGUGAAGGGAUUGGCUCGAAAUGGUUCUCCGCCUUGGCGAGAGGAUGACAAAGAUGGGCAUUUCAUGUUUGCGGUUGGAGAGAAUUUAACCUCUCGCUGUAAUUACACUUGCUAACCACUAUUAAAAUCUUAUUUGUGUGCUAGAUGUUUUCCAUUGCCUCUUCAAUAUAGAUAUCGAAUUUAAAACUUAUGUAGUGUAUAGUAGGUUAGCUUUAUUGUCGUUCUUAGUACUGUUGCCGCCUUUUUUGCGAAUAUGGCGCUUAUCCCGUGAAGUGCAAUUAUCGUUUCACUCUCAUUGUGUCUGUUCUCAGACAGUAUCUCUAGAUAAGAAAGACUGCAUUGUUCUAUAAUUGAACACGUUCCAAAAAUUUUUAUGGUUGAUUAUCCACACUACCUACUAUAUUACUUUGUCCUUCGUUCACCUCUCUGUCAACUUUUCAUCGUUUCCGAUUUUCAUCUGGUUGGUCGGUUUUUCUGUUCUUGUCAUACAAGAUGAAAGAAGAGAAUUAUGUGCUCUUUUGAUUUGCCUUCUUUCUAUGCCAAUUUUCUAAUGCGUUGUUUAUUGUGCUUGUCUUUGCUUGCAGAUAAAAUCUACAGCAAAAUGGGGGAAGGUUAGUUUUCCGAUUACCGUCCGUUGUCAAUUUUAGAUAGCUUUUUCGUCUGCUUGUGUAGUCGGUUGUUACGAAUCGCUUUUGUUCGUCAUUUGAUCUACGAAUAGUUAUUUCCUUAUUUGUACUGCAUCGUUGUGCUUGUCCUUAGCAGGUGGGUGUAAUUCCUCUCACCUGUUAUUUUUACUGGGAAAUUGUACAGGGACAUUUGGCCAAGUUUUAGAAUGCUGGGACCGUGAAAGGAAGGAGAUGGUGGCCAUUAAAGUUAUCCGUGGCAUCAAGAAGUACCGUGAAGCCGCCAUGAUUGAGAUUGACGUGCUCCAGGAGCUAGCUACAAAUGAUAAGAGUGGCCGGUAAGUGGUUGUCCGUUAUAUGGCACUGAUGGUUGUUGUUCCCUUUGGUUUAUAUUAAUUAGUAAGCUCUCUAGGCAAAUGAAGCCAGGCAUAAGUUGGUGUGUUUUUGCAGUUGUGUGCAAAUAAGGAACUGGUUUGACUAUCGUAACCAUAUCUGUAUUGUAAGUAUAUAUGGCCUGGUUUUGUGAUGACUUGCUUUCCCCAUUCUAAAGAUAUCCGGGGGGUUACAACUUGUCCAUGGAUUUAAAUGGCUUGAACAGGUCUUUGAGAAGCUUGGACCAAGCUUAUAUGAUUUUCUCCGCAAAAACAAUUACCGCUCAUUUCCCGUUGAUCUUGUCCGGGAGCUUGGAAGGCAACUCUUGGAAUGUGUAGCAUGUGUGUGAAGCCUUCUUUAUCUUCCUUCCACCAUUCAUUCCUUCAUUCAUUCAUUCAUUCAUUCAUCUCUCUUCCUGUUCGCCUGUGUGGUCACGGCGGCCUGGAUUUUAUAUUCGUCAUCAUUAUGUUCAUGCUGACGAUAUUAUUAUAUCAGACGGUGGCAUGGUAGCUAGUUCUUGCUGCUCUCUCCAUUUAGGCAGCCAGAGUGGAGCUGCUGUUAUUCUCCCGUUCUCACUAGUUACCUCUGCUCUCCCCUCCAGUUAUGCACGAACUGAGGCUGAUCCACACGGAUUUGAAGCCGGAGAAUAUACUCCUCGUGUCUCCCGAGUACGUGAAGGUACCCGAUUACAAGGUAUACAUGUCUCUUGUUCGUCUUCUUCUUCUUCUUCUUCUUCUCUUUGUGCUUGGGUAUCAAAUCCCGAACAGAACCCAUCUGGUUGGGGUUCCCUCUUUUUACGAAUUUUAAACUAAUCCCUCCUUGUAUCUGGUUGGUGCCCGCAGGCGUCUUCUUCGUCAUCCCGAUCGCCAAAGGACGGGGCUUGCUUCAAGCGGCUCCCCAAGUCGAGCGCCAUUAAGGUGAUCGACUUCGGCAGCACCACGUACGAGCACCAAGACCACAGCUACAUCGUCUCUACCAGGCACUACCGCGCCCCCGAAGUCAUCCUCGGUACUUGGAAGAUAGAUCUUUUCCCCUUCCUCUACUACUAGUAACCCAUAUGUACAUAUCUAUCUAGAUAUAGGCAGUGCGUUUAUUUGGUCUGCAUGUGUGUUGUUGUGUGUGGGCAGGGCUCGGGUGGAGCUAUCCGUGCGACAUAUGGAGCGUCGGCUGCAUACUGGUGGAGCUCUGCUCUGUACGCCCCCUCGCAAUCCACUCCCGCAACAUUCAACCCCCGCAAACGCGUGGGCUGUGAGAGUAAAUGGCGGUUUUAUUUGCUCGUCUGCGCGCAGGGGGAGGCGCUGUUCCAGACUCACGAGAACCUUGAGCAUCUCGCCAUGAUGGAGCGCGUCCUCGGGCCCAUCCCCCAACACAUGACCAAGAGAGCCGGGUGGGCCAUCAUUAGCCAUCAGCCAUCAUCAUCAUCCAUCCCCCAUCCUCCAUCAUCACCCUAUUGCGGCUAACCCUCGUGCUUCCUUGCAGCCGGCACGCGGACAAGUACGUCAGAAGGGGGCGGCUGGACUGGCCCGAGGGCGCCGCCUCCAGGGAGAGCAUUCGCGCUGUGCAGAGGCUCCCGCGCCUCCAGGUGAGAGAAAAGAACAACAUUCCUCCCCAGGUACCUCCACCCACCGUACUUCACUUGCUUACACCCUGCACCCCCCUUUCCCGCCGUCCUCUUGGCAGAACCUGGUGAUGGAGCACGUGGACCACUCGGCCGGGGACCUCAUCGACCUCCUGCAGGGGCUCCUUCGCUACGAGCCCUCGGAGCGGAUGACGGCGCGGGAGGCGCUCAGACACCCCUUCUUCGCCCGCCCCGACCACCACCCCCACCACUCCCACCACCGCAGAUGA